AUGUUUGUGGAAGAAGAUGAAGGGACCCGGGCGGUGUACUUGGAGGUUAAGGGAACUGUGAAAAGCUGUUGUAAGUCUCAUCCAAAAUACGCUGAAUGUCAGAAAACUGAUACUGUUGAGACACCCCACAAGUGUAAAGAAUGUGGCAAAGCCUUUAGUAGAGGCCCAUCCCUGACAAAGCAUAUGAUAGUGCACACCAGGGAGAAACCCUACAAAAGUGAGGAGUGUGGCAAAGCCUUUAACUGCGGCUGCAGACUUACUAAACACCAGAGACUCCAUACUGGCAAGAAACCCCACAAGUGUGCAGAAUGUGGCAAAGCCUUUGAUCGAAGGUCUAGGCUUAUUCAACACCAAAGACUUCAUACUGGCGAGAGACCCUAUAAAUGUGAGAAAUGUGGUAAAACCUUUGUUGGAAGCACAAGCCUAACUCGACACCAGAGAGGUCAUACUGGGGAGAAACCCUACAAGUGUGCAGAGUGUGGGAAAACCUUUGAUCGAAGCUCCAGACUUCUUCAACACCAGAGAAUUCACACUGGGCAGAAACCCCACAAAUGUGUGGUAUGUGGCAAGACCUUUGACCAAAGCUUAAGCCCUAUUCAGCACCAAAGAGUUCAUACCAGCAAGAAACCCCACAAGUGUGCAGAAUGUGGCAAAGCCUUUGAUCGAAGGUCUAGGCUUAUUCAACACCAGAGACUCCAUACUGGUGAGAAACCCUACAAGUGUGCAGAAUGUGGCAAAGCCUUUGAUCGAAGGUCUAGGCUUAUUCAGCACCAGAGAGUUCACACUGGUCAGAAACUGUACAAAUGUGCAGAAUGUGGGCAAGCCUUUAAUCAAAGUUCAAGCCUUACUCAACACCAGAGAGUCCAUGCUGGAGAGAGACCCUACAAAUGGGAAGGAUGUAGGAAAGCCCUUGAUCAAAGCUCCAGACUUCUUCAAUACCAGCUUUCAUAGUGUACCCACAAAUGUAAGAAUGUGGUAAAGCCUUUGCUGGAUGCUGCCCUGUUAGUUCAGUAUAGGACACCUUGAACUGGAGGUCUCCUCUUAGAAGCUGUCCAAUCACUGACCCCUGGAUAUAAAUUUCCACAUUUACUUUUCUGUAUGCACAGCUGGGCUCAGAUCCAUGCUGAAGUCUCUUCCUUUGUCAACACUGCUGAGUAAACUCAGUCUUUGCUGCCUU